AUGGGGUAUACGCCAAGCAAUGGCAGACGUGCGUUAGAUGAUGGUGCGUCAUCAUCUCAUCGUCAUCGUUCCGCAGAUACUGCUGGACGCUCUAGAGGAGAUAAUGCGCCAAUCAUAACAUUGCCGGAUGACGAGGAAGAGGAGGAUAAUAGGUCACGUGGCAGGUCGAACCCUGGAACUAGUCGACAUACUAAUGGCUAUUCUGGUCCGGUAAUCCGCGAAAUCAGUGAAGAAGAGGCAGAGUCAAGUAUUCCAAAGCGUCGCCGAGGUUUCGGAGGCCUCUUUCGAGCGAAUGACGAAUAA